CGUUAAAUUUUAGAACAUAGUUGCAAAUUUUCUUAAAAUAUUUUAAUGUUAAUUUAGAAAAAAAGAAAGAAAAGUUCUUGAGCUGAAUAAUCAAGGAUGGUAUGUGAACUAAGGCCCAUAAGAUAGAUCUCUUUCUUCUCGCUCUCGCAUCUAUCAGAGGGAGAGGAUCUCUACUCCGAUCUCAAUCGAAGUUUUAGAUUUCGUUUUUUUGUUUCCGGUUUACCGGAUCAGUGUAUAUUUUCGCCUUGUACGAUUUAAUAAUUCUGAUUUUGUUUUCGAUUAUGUCCGAAACUUUCUCGCUCUUGCGAGUCUUCGAUCUCACUCUCCUGACACUAUUGACAUCUUCGCUCUUCUUCACAAUCCUCUUUGUUUCCGCCAAUUUGCUCGAGGAAUAAUAUAUUCAUCUUUCCCCUAUUGCUCAUGAUGUUUGAGCAAGGAUUCAACUACAUCAACUUAGGUGUGGCCAGUGAUGGAGCUUCCCCGAAGUUGGCGUUAAUCGGAGAGUUUUUGAAGCAGUUUUUCUACUCAAAUCCGGAAGAAACUUGGCGUUGUGGGCUCAAGCUUAGAGAUCGACAUGAGGAAAGAGGAUUCACAUCGCCUCAAAGCCGAUUGACGGUGGCUGAUCGGAAUUUUUGCGGUGUCCCGGUGAACCCGACAAUGAGGCUCAACGUCAUGACACGUGGCUUAAGGACGACACGUUCGUUACACGUGUUAGACACUAAAUCAACUUGCGUUUCUUGUUUAUCUUUAUUUUAAUUUGGUUUGGCCUGGGCUUAUAUCCAUGUAAUUUUUUUGAACCUUCUGUAUUUCCUGCCUUUGGGCUUUAAUCAAAGGAAAUUGCUGGAAAAAAAAAACUAAGGCCCAUGAGAUUCAAAGCCUCAUUGCAUUUAAUAAGUAUCGAGGGUAUAGUGGUCAAGAUGACGAGGGUUUUGGCCUUUUGGGCCUUUUGGCGCGUCGAGAGUCGGU